AUGGCCCUACACCUUCUCGGACUCACGCGAGUCCUCCUACUCCUCCCCCUCCUUGCGGUCCUGAGUUCCGCGGAACACACCUCGAACUGGGCGGUCCUAGUCUCGACAUCUCGAUUUUGGUUCAACUACCGCCACCUCGCCAAUGUACUCUCCUUGUACCGCACCGUCAAGCGGUUGGGGAUCCCCGACUCGCAGAUCAUCCUGAUGCUCCCCGACGACAUGGCUUGCAACCCGCGCAACGCCUUUCCGGGAACGGUCUACAGUAAUGCCGACCGCGCCGUCGACCUAUACGGAGACAACAUCGAGGUGGACUACCGAGGAUACGAAGUGACGGUGGAGAACUUCAUCCGUCUCCUGACCGACCGACUAGACGAGGACGUGCCGCGCAGCAAGCGUCUGGGGUCGGAUGCCGGGAGUAACGUCCUUGUCUACAUGACGGGCCACGGCGGAGACCAGUUCCUGAAGUUUCAAGAUGCGGAAGAGAUCGGUGCGUGGGAUCUGGCGGAUGCGUUCGGUCAGAUGUGGGAGAAGAAGCGGUAUCACGAGCUGCUUUUCAUGAUCGAUACGUGCCAGGCGAACACAAUGUACACCAAUUUCUACUCGCCCAACAUUGUCGCGACGGGCUCUAGUGCGCUCGACCAGUCGUCCUACUCUCACCAUGCGGAUAGUGACGUGGGUGUUGCGGUCAUUGACAGGUGGACGUACUACGUGCUCGACUUCCUCGAAACCCAGGUGACGAGUGCUAAUUCGAAGUUGACGCUGGGCGACCUCUUCGACUCAUACGACGAGAGCAAGAUCCACUCUCAACCCGGCGUGCGAUGGGACCUUUUCCCCGGUGGUGAAGAAGAAGGGCGAUUGCGGACGUUGGUCGAUUUCUUCGGCAACGUCCAGAAUGUCGAGGUCGAGAACGCGAAUGCCACGGAGCCGGGUUCUUUGCAGGAGGAUCUGAUCGAAAUCGCUCGAUUGGUGGAGAAAUGGCGUUCACACGACCGGGAAUAUCUUGCUGCGCAUGCCGACGGGUCCCAGAACAGCACCGACAUCCAGCCGGUAGCCGGGUAUGGCGAUCUCGCGCGCGCAGGCGACGAGCUGAUCAAGCCCAUGCAGACCACGAACGGCGGCAGCGGCGGCGUGGUCGUGUGUCUGGGCGUCGGCGGCUUGGUCGAUCUCAGUGAGCUGCUCAGCCUGAGCAGUAGUGACGGUGCGGAGAACGAAGACGUGGAGGAGGACCUGGGCGGCGUUGAGGUGUGGGUGUUUGAUGCGCGGCGGCCGUGGAAUCUGUCGAAUGUUUUUGGCGGCGAGGCUGGGGGCGAGGUUGUCGAUGCCACUGCGCGCCGGAAAACGCGCGGCGUUGAUCGGGGGUGUAUUUCGCCGUCUUAUCCUGGGGGCGCUGGGGGGAUUGUCGUCUUUGAUGAUGGGGAUAUCGAGGAUGAGAUGGGGAGGGAGAGGGACGCGUAUUGUGCGUUGCUGGAGAUGCCAGAUGUGGAUGAGGAGGAUGUGGAUAAGCGCAAGUCGUGGUCAAGGGAGGAUGAUGAGGGUGAGUCGGAGGAGGAGGAUGGGCCGCCUCGUCAGCGACGGCGGAGUAAUUCGAACUCUUCGUACCUCGUUUCGUCUCCCACCCGCCACCGAAGACCAGCCCACGAUUCUUCCAACUCUUCGCGCUCUGUUACCCCCGUGUCAGAUUCACCGUCCCCUGCGCAGCCAAGACAGCCGUCCGCUCUCUCGUUAAGGCGCCGCCUGAUCCGGAUGAAGAAGAAACACGAGGGUGUGCUUCAAAAAUACUACUCUGCGGGCACCUCGUACUCAGAACCAAUAUCCUCCCUCGUGUACUCUCUUGCGUCGGAGCUUGGCCGCGAGGAUAACGACUUACUGUGGCUGGCCAUUGUGGGAGUCUCGAGCUUAGAACUGAGCGGUCGUACCAUGUCCGGCGUCGGGAUAUCCAACUCGCUGGAACUGGGAGGAUCGGCCGGCUGGGGCGGCGAACGGGGAGAGCGAGUACGCCAAAUCAUGCGCGACGAAGUCCAUCGGUUGAAUCCACCAGACCCCUACGAGCGGGAUCGCGAUAUCAGAGGGGAGAUCAACGGCAUCAUCCCGACGACGGCCAAAUCCCCCACAGACAAGUCGAUCCGGCUGUCUCCCGAGCCUCGUUUCAUCCUUGUACGACAUUGGUCAUUAUACGACAGCAUGCUUCACAGUCCCUACCUGGCGUCGAGACUCCACGUGUGGUCCGAAAACGGCAGGAAACGCCUACACAAGCUUCUGGCCAAGAUGGGCAUCAGUCUGAGCCAGUCUCACCAGAACUACACCCACAUGGACAUGGAAUUGAAGCGAGUGCUGCGACAGCGCUUGCUCAAGUACGCUCCGAUGUAUGGCCUAGACGGACUCGUUCCCGCGGAGGCAUCCGGACAUGCCGCUUCCCGCGAGGGAUGGGGGUUUGUCCGCUGUUGGGGCUGGAAGGCAUGCCUAUCCGCCACCGACGUUGGAGUCAUUGUGGGUGCGAUCCUCGAGGUUGGACCGGAAGAGGCCCCGGGCUCGUGGGACACCAAGCGUGUGUCGCAACCCAAGCAAAGUGAUCUGGCCGAAACGGGGUCCGACUUGUCUAGCCUUCUCCCCCGGUUCUGGAGCGCCUACGAUGCGCUGUCUCUCACGUCCGAGUCCCCCACAUUACUCCUCGCCUCUCUGCCCCUUGCCCAGCAUCUUCACCGUGCCAUCCUCCGCACCGGCACGUCACUGCUCUCGAAGCACCAGAUUCGGCAUCUGCGCGCGUUCCGGAUCGCCGUGGUCAAAGAAGGCCCAGACGUCAAGCUAUUCACCAACCCUGGCGCCCUGACCAAACUAGCGCUGUGGAUCGCCGAGGCGAUCAAAGUGCAAGAACGAGAGCGGGGCGACACCAAAGUCGGACGCAAGCGCAGCACCGGAACCCCUCUCGUGCUAGCCGGCCUCGACGAAGACCGGGACCUCUACGUGGUCGUCGGCACCGGCGGCGGCGGCGGCGUCGUGGACUUCGCAGCGCUAUCCAAACGUCGCGAGGAACGACGGAGAAAGAAAGAAGCGAAAGACAAGAAGCGCAAGGAGCGGGAGGACCGCCGGGCACAACGGGCGGCCGAACGUGCCGAGCGAGAAGACGACGAUGGCUCCGAGGAGGAGAGCGAAGACGAGUCGUCGUCGGAAUCUGAGUCGGAAUCCGAGGACGAGGAGAGCGCUCAGAGCAACAAGCAUCUCCUGCGUAACCGGUUCGGCAUUGCCUUCCAGGAGGUCGUGCAGGAGACUAACACAAGGGUCCGCAUUGAUAGCUUUGAACACUGCGUGGUUGAAGUGCAGAAGGAGGACCUUGGGGGGUUCCUUGAGGCGUUGAGCUUCCGCAGUGUGGUGGGUUGA